AUGGCGCGGGAGCUGUUAAUCAUGGGUCAUACCCAGAACCUUCGCGAUAUCGAGUCCAACAAUGAGAAAAAGCACUCGCACUGGCGCGAUUGGGCCUUUGUCCUUCUGUGGGGCGUUGUUGGCUAUGCAUGCAUCAUUUUUAUGGUGUUAGCCUACUCCAACCCGGGGCUUAUACCCUUUGAUAUCUCUUCAUUACUGUUUCGCAAGGAGAUUUCUCCAUUCUUCGCAUUCUCGCAAGGAACGAGUCAUUACUCUAAGCCGCAGGGCUUCAAGAUAGUCGCUCUAGUUCCCUUCCAUUACCAUGAGCGUACAGCAAUCUUGGACUGCUAUUUGCAGAAAAACCUAGUCCAUAAUAAUGGAUUUCUUGAUCAGGUCGUCUUUGUGCCGCAGACCGAUGACGCCGUUAGCAUGGAAUGGCUGUACUCUAUCGUGAACCAAACACCCGAGUAUGCUAUUUCUUCUCGCGGUCAUGAAAUGGAAUGGAAAGUUGCAAAGGAUAAUGUGAUGUACAUCCGAAUCGACGGUGAUAUCGUGUUUCUGGAGGACAAUGCCAUUUCGACCAUCGUCAAGACGAAACUCGACAAUCCAAGCACGCUGAUGGUAUCGGCCAAUGUGAUAAACGAGGCAGCUCUCGCAUCUCUUCACAGUCAUCCGGGAACUGCACUCCCAUAUCUACCAGAAUUGUACGACGUGAAACAACCGUCCCGAUCAAAGUCGCAACUGAAGCACGACUGGCGCGCUUCAAGCCUUCCAAGCUGGCAGGGCCCACUGAGCUUCAAAGUAAGCAAAGACUUUGAUCCGCCAUUUGAAGGGCAUCGCUGGCUACUCCCCAGAGAUGCGGGCUCUGCUCGAGAUCCUAUCGCGAGAUCCGUAUACACCGACACUGGUCCAACCCUGCAUGACUGGACUGUUGGUGCACAGCAACAUUACUCCUUCUUGCACCACCUAGAACACAAUGAUUUGGGCCGUUACAAGUUCCCGAUGUGGGUCGAUCCAACCGAGCCUGCCAGCGAGAAUUUUGGGUGCUUCUGGGGUAAUGAUGCAAUGGAUGUGCACCGUAUUUUCCGUAACAACCAAAAGGGAUCCUCCCGCAAUUGGCAUAUGCCGGAUGGCUCUCGUCCGCAUGUCAUCAUAGAUGGAAAGGGGCUUGUUUCACAUUAUUCCGCUCGCCAAGGUGCGGCUGGCCUGGACGCUACGGAUCUCAUAACUCGUUACCGAGCAUAUGCGCAGGAGAAAGUGUGUUUGCAGACCGAAUGA